AUGUGCUACUGGGAGGUACAGGAGUUGAACAACAAAAUACGUCAGACAGACAGACAGACAGACAAACAGACAGACAGACGGACAUACAGACGGACAGACAAACAGACAAACAGACAGACAGACAGACUGGUCGCUGUCAAUGACCUGGCAAGGUCAUUUGAUGUCAGCUGUCUUCAAGAUCAUCUAGGUCUAGGAUUGACGCUGGCGUUAGCAGCAGCAGAGGACACUUGCUCCUCCGACGAAAAAACACAUAAGCUGGAGUUGGACGCGUUUUACCAUGAUUGUUCGAUGUUCAACGAUCAUAAGUUGUUCAACGGUCCGGUCUGUGGCAGUGAUGGCACUACGUACGCUAACUGUGUACACUUGGCCUGCAUGAACCAUUGGAGAGCCGCGUGCGAUAAGGUGAAGAUAGUCAGUAAGGGUGUUUGCCCCGACUGUGAGGUCCCCUUCAAGUGGGCUCCUGUGUGGGACCCUGUCUGCGGAACUGACAACGUCACCUACGCCAACACAGAAGCUCUGGCUCUGCACAACGAUCGUGCUGGCAAAGCUAUCAAGGUUUACCACGACGGGGAAUGCAUCGACCCCACCGUAGGCUGUUUCGGCAUAGACUACGCCCCCUGGGAGAACGCCGUGUGUGGCACGAAUGGAAGGACGUACCAGAGUGUGCAGGCCAUCUCGGACCUGCGCAAAAUGGGGCAAUGUGUGGACGUCCUCCACGAUGGAGGGUGUACUGUGGACGAGGUGAAGGAGAGGGUGAAAGGCAGAAUGGAGAUGUGCAACCUAGCCAGGACCUUCUACGAGGUCAACCCUGUCUGUGGAGAAGAUGGAGUAACCCAUGGCAACCCGUACAUCAUGCGAUGCUUCAAACCUAAUGUUGAUGCCAGCUACAUGGGAGAGUGUGACUCCCCGUUGCACCGCGCCUGUCAGGCCGCUGUGGACAUCGACAAAGGUCUUGUGAAGUGUCCUGGAGAAGUCUGUGGCAGUGAUGGUCUAACUUACAAAUCAGGAUACCAUCUGGACUGCGCUACAAACAACGACAAGUAUCUCUUCAUCCUCCACGAGGGCUCGUGCACCCCCGAGGACAACCCUUGUACCAACAUGCCCGAGGUGACAGACAAAGCGAACCCGAUCUGUGCUUCUGAUGGGGUAACCUACGUCAACAGCUGGGCGCUCUGGUGCAUGCAGAGGAAGGAGGAUCCAUAUUUAAAAUUCUUCCACGAUGGCCAGUGUCUAAGGCGAUGCAUUGAAUGUGGACUGCCCAACUGUCGGGGGUGCUGUAAGGCCAAAUGAACUUGACACGAACAGUAGACUUUAAACUGCUGUUCCAACAGAACACGGACCAACCAGUACCAAGGUCAUAGGAAGGUCACAUGAGGAAGAGU